GGGGGAUUUUCAACAUCUCGAAACUCCGUCGGAUGAAUUUCGAUCAUCGUGAGACUCCAGUAUCAUACAAGUUAUGCUGCGAAUCGGUUCCCUUUCGGCCAAUUCUGAGCCAGUAGUCCAAGCACACCUUUCUUCUUCUCUUCUCUUCUCUUCUACCAUAUAGCUACUUUUCAACUAUUACUAAAGGCUACUCACUUCCUGUGUCCUUCUUUGUCUUGACGAAAAAGUUGUUUGUUAUCUAUCAUUGAAUGCUUAAGCUGUGCUUACUCUCUCUUGAUUAAUUCUCAUAUAUGUACCCCUCCGAUACUACUGCAUAAUCAAUACAUCUCGCAUUUAAUCCUCCACACUCCUCGAAGCUAAAUAACAUUUCAGGAAAAUGACUUCCUCCGAACGAGUUACCGAAUCCAGGAAGGUCUGGACAACCCUCAUAACCAACACCGCCUACCUCUCCGGCCUUCUCACCCUCGACUACUCCCUCAAAAAGCACAACUCCAAAUAUCCCCUCGUAGCCCUCUACACCGAUGCCUUUCCCCCGGAAGGCCACGCCGCUCUCGAAGCCCGUGGGAUCCCCAAACAGCGCAUCGAAUAUCUCCUCCCAAAGAAUGGCGGAAAAGAUUAUUCCAAUGACCCUCGCUUCUACGACUGCUGGUCGAAACUCGCCCCUUUUAGUUUAAUCGAAUAUGAGCGCGUUGUACAACUCGAUAGCGAUAUGUUGGUCCUACAAAAUAUGGACGAGUUGAUGGAAUUAGAACUCGAUGCGCCGGAGGUGGCGGGGAAGGGACAGAGAGUUUUUGCCGCGGGUCAUGCAUGUGUUUGUAAUCCACUGAAGAAGAAACAUUAUCCUGCCGAUUGGGUUCCAGAAAACUGCGCAUUCACCUCUCAACACAACACGCCGGAAGUUGCACAAACCACUGGACCACCCCCCAAUACCUCUCCUCUCGGUUUCAUGAACGGCGGUCUUGUAGUCGUCAAUCCUUCUUCUGGCGUAUACAACGCCAUUCUUGAUCAUCUUUCCUCAGACGCCGCAAUCAAUAUGGAUUUUGCAGAUCAAUCUCUCCUCUCGGAUCUCUUCAAUAAUCGAUGGGUACCACUUCCUUAUAUUUAUAACGCCCUCAAAACGUUGAAAUGGGAAAAUGUCCAUCCUCAAAUCUGGAGGGACGACAAAGUAAAAAAUAUUCAUUAUAUUCUAGCCCCCAAACCGUGGGAUGAGAUGGAUGGGGAGGGAAAUUUCAUCGGUAAGGAUGCGACGCAUGCUUGGUGGGUAACACAUAACCAAGAGAGAUUGAGGGGGGAGAAGGAGAGUGAAAUUAAGGUCGAUGGGUUCUAGAUGAGUGGUAUGUUCUUGUUUGCGACUGGUAAAUAGACAGGUACUUGGAUUUGACGUGUCUAGCUGAGAACCAGCUGUGUUGAUGGCUAUAUCACAUAGCACAGAUACCUAUGUAUAGCGUGGAAAUUAGAUUAGAAACCACCAUGAUUUCUCUACGAAAUUAACAAGCGAGCUAUUGAAUAUUAUUCGAGCUUCA